AGCAUUAAAAUCUGCCGUGUGUUGACUGUGGUCGUACAUAGUCUGUGGUUGCUACUUGCGUGAAAAAAAAUACAAACUUCAAAACAGCUGAUAUUUAGUGAUGAAAAAUUCUUUUCGGAAUAAAUAUUCGUAACGAUAAUACCAUGGCCGAAAUACAAACAUUAAUUGAAAUGGGGUUUUCGAAAGAACGAGCUGAAAAAGCUUUAGCCGUAACGAACUAUAAGGGCGUCGAGCCGGCCAUGGAAUGGCUGUUGGCACACGCUGAUGACCCUGCGAUGUUAGAACCGGUGGGAGCACAGACUGCUGGCGGCAGCUCUAGUAGUGAACCGGCAGCACCCGCGCCGGAGACGACCGCGGAUCCCGCUGAAGCCAAAUCGUUCAAAUGUGACGAAUGCGGCAAAAUACUUAAAGAUCAGGAUGAGAUGGAGUAUCACGCCGCUAAGACGAAUCAUAGCAGCUUCUCGGAGUCCACUGAGGAAAAGAAGCCUCUUACUGAAGAAGAGAAGAGAGCGCAAUUAGCGCUGUUGGAAGAGAGAAUGAAGCAAAAAAGAAAGGAAAGGGAAGAAAGGGAUAAGGCUGAAGCUUUGGAACGUGAAAGACUCCGAAUAAAGUCUGGUAAAGAGCUGCAAGAUGCACGUCAGAGGUUACAAGAACAAGAGAUGCAGAAGUUGGUGGAGCAGCGGCGAAGGGAAAAGAUUGAGGAUCAGAAGGCAAGAGAGAGGGUCCGGGCACAAAUUGAAGCUGAUAAGCAAGCUAGGAAAUUAGCAGCAUCAGGUCAGACGGCGCCUGUCCCGCCGGCACCCGCGCCCGUAGCGCCUGUCUCCAACCCAUCGCCAGCACACAAGGUCACCUACGACCAGGCUAGGAUCCAGAUACGGCUGCCAGACGGCAAGGCACUGGCUCACACAUUCGGUGCUAAAGAACAAUUGGCUGCAGUCAGAUUGUACCUGCAAAUGAACGCACAAGAGUACGCCCAACAAGAUGGCUUCAAGCUGAUGACCACAUACCCCAAGAAAAUAUUUACAACUGAGGAUUAUGAUAAACCUUUGGAAAUAUUAGGUCUGGUGCCUUCGGCAGUCAUUAUAGUAUCCAAGGGUCAAUAAUGCUGGAAAUGUUCAAUGUUUUGUCAUUAAUAUUUCAAUUGUUUUGUGUGACCGGCGGCGGUACGACACAAAAUUGUUUAAAUUAUGUAAGGAUUCGGUGAAUAAAGGUCAGUUGCGUCUA